GUGGGCCGUGACGUCAGGCGCAGCGCCCGUGUCUGCUCCAGCUGAGGCUCUGUGCUGAGAGGACGCUCGAACGCGGCCUCACCACAAACCCGAGCUCCUGCGCCCGUGACCGGAUCUACCGGAUGCAAAAAAAAGUACAGACAGAAAGAGGAAACGACCCCUCCUCCCUGCGCGCUCUGCACAGCACCACGGCACAGGAGCAGCACCAACACAACUUGUCAUUUGACCAGCGCGGACACUGCUCUGUGGUAGGACUUUACUUGCGCAGUUCUUUUUCAUUUGUUUUGUUUUGACACAGUGCGCUUUCCAGACGUUUUAGCGGAUCUAUUCCACUUGUCCACUCACCACAUCGAAUUCGUACCUUCGUUUCGUUCAUUUUUUGGGAAUCUUUUAUUGCGUUUUACGGCUGUUGCGUUUAUUAUGGACACUUCUGGUGCGACAGUCCCUCCCACCAGCGCGCACGGGGAGUAAUACACUGCACAACACUUUGAACUCCUCUGCUGCCAUGGAACACACGGAUACAAGUAUUUCUCCAAAGCGCUAAAGCCUCCUCUGUUUCGCAGCGUACUUGUCCUAUUGGUAGAUUCUCCAGUAAGUUUGCCUCGCCUCUUCAAGUGCUCCAGGUGUCCAUAUCUGCGGCCCAUCUGCCCAGAGGAUGUCCAGACAGCUCACGCAGCUCCCCCCCACGCCAGACCUCCCUGCUGGUGCAAGCCCUCAGUUUGGAAGUUGUUCUCAGCCUGCAGGUGGCCAGCUCAACUCCAUGGCAGGACUCAAAUCUCUCUUGCAACAUCCCAUGAAGGGAGACCAGCGCAUCAAGACCUCGUGUGACCCCAAGGAUAAAGACAGAUCGUUGGAAUUGGAAGUGGAUACUUUGUGCAGUAUGAGGAAUGGAAGUGGACUAUCUGUCAGUAAUAACAACAGUAAUAGCUGUGGAGGAGGAGGAGGAGGUGGAGGAGGUGGAAAUUUCAACCAGUUCUUGGGGCCUCUCCUGUGGGAUCGCACGCUGCCUGCAGAUGGGGGCCUCUUUCAGCUUCAGUACAUGGACUUAGAGGAGUUUUUGACCGAAAACGGGAUGGGGAGCGGGCACAGCAACAACAAUAGCUCCAGCGCUGCUCAGAUACCAUCGCAAAGUCCCCAAUCAGCUGUGCCCAAUCAGAGUUCCCAGUGCCUACCGCCCUCCUCCCCCCCUUGCUCCACGUCCUCCUCACCCUCAUCUCACCCUUCGUCUUCCCCCUCUCUCAUCGGUUUGGAAGUCGCCCAAGGUGUCACCGGAGGAAGCAGCGACUGUUUGCACGGGAGCCAGUCCAGUAUCGGUGAAUCCUGCGAGUCGCCCUCCUCCUCCUCUUCCUCCUCUUGCCCUCCUCUCCUGACGCCCACGGGGAGCGGGCCGGACGUGAUGGGGAUGUUCGACAUGGAGGGCUCAGAGAUGGACAUGUCCGAAGGCUCGCAGCAGUCCUUUGACCCGCGAAGGCACUCGUUCAGCGAAGAGGAGCUCAAGCCGCAGCCGAUGAUCAAGAAAGCCCGCAAGAUCCUGGUGCCGGACAACUUAAAGGAUGAAAAGUACUGGACCCGGCGAUACAAAAACAACGAAGCAGCCAAGCGUUCCCGAGACGCCCGCCGCCUGAAAGAGAACCAGAUAUCCGUGCGCGCCGCGUAUCUGGAGCGGGAAAACGCGGCGCUCCGGCAAGAGGUGGCCGAGAUGCGGAAAGAGCUGGGCCGCUGCCGCAACAUCCUCAGUAAAUACGAGAACCGCUUGGCCGACCAGUGAGGGGCACUACGCAACGAACGAGGAGCAGGAACAAGCUUGAUUCAGUCUGGAACAUUACAUUUUGUUGAAUCAAUGGACUAAAUAAGGGGAUGAUGAUGAUGAUGACGAUGAAGAUGUUGAAUGUAUCAGAGGAGAUCAUUUAUUGAAGCUCAGGUGUCUUGUUUUGUCAACUCUUAAAAUGCAACAGAAAGAAUAAUUUAACCGGUGAAAGAUGUGACUUUUAAGAGUUUUGUUAUUGGAAAAUGUAUAUUUUUAUAAUACUUCAGAAUAAUUAGCAGGAGAGCCAAUUUGAAGAGUAAUUUUGUAUAUUUUCUACGUGACGGGGCAUAGCGAGGGAUAUACUACGGUAAAUAUCUUUUAGUAUAGAUGAUUCAGGAGAUGAUUAGCCAUGGAGCGUGUUUUCGGAAGGCUGCGGCAGGGCUGAGGACGCGAUUAAUGUUUGUAAUAUACAGAGCAAAAUGAUGUUUAAACUGUUUAGAUACACAUUUUGUUGAUUUGACGUAAGCACUUAACUUUUCUUGCUCCUUUCCUGUCAUCCGGAUUGAGUGUGUUUGGCAACGGGAGCUGUCGUUUGUACAAUCCAACACUAUUAUAUAUAAAGAUCGACCAGUCAGUGUUUCUCAACUUUAACCACCAGCUCAUAACGACAUGUACAAAUAAUUUUAUUCAAGAGUGGUACAUUUAAAAAAAAAAAAAACGAUAUUACGUAUAAUACUUGUAUGUCAAAAGCCUGUUGAGACCCCCCCUUCUGAGUUUAGUCCAUAUACAAUUUUUGAGUCUUUUGAUGCUCGUUUCCCAUGCUCGUUGUUUUGGUUUAAGGGUUUGUCAGUGUUGUAUCAAUUUCUGCAAUCCUGAUUUUCCAUUUACGGAUUUUUACUGUUUUAAUUAUCUACAUGAGAUUGAAUAUUGUGUGUAUUUUGGGCCUACUCUUUCUGUAUAUUUAUAUUCCAAGACCUGGGUUUAUUUUUCCCAGCGACUGGAAUAGACUUCAAUUCUCAAAUUCCUGUGAGAGACUAAAGCCAAAAGUUCCUAUACUAUUGUUCCACAGCUUGUUGCUACCUAUAAAGCUAUUUUUUCAGUACAUUGUAAUUGAUAUAUACUUUAUACUGUAUGUAUAAGCUUGACCUGCACAGGGCCUGGUACACUAUGUCAUGUUCAGUUGGAGGGAUGUGUGAUUUGAAUCCCUACGUUGAACAAUUACUGCUAAUAUCAAUGUUAUGGUUAAUUAAUUCCCCGUUUUAAAUGUCACUUUUCUGUAUUAGCCUUUUCUUUCUUAGGAUUGCAAACCUGAUCUGCAACAGAAAGACUUUUAAAUGGGAAAGUUCUUAUUCGUUGGUGUAUUUGUUCUCCUAACACAACAUAACACCCAAAUACUCGAUACUUUGCCACUCGGGAUGACGACACACGUGGCGCCGUUUUGGGACUUUUUACGUACAAAUGCGUUGGUCGGUGGUGUGCGGACUGAGUAUCCACGUGCACACAUCAGUUUUGUUUUCCCUCAGCCACCUCAUCGAGUGAUCGUUAGCUCCCCGUACAGGAUCUAGCCUCUCAUUCCUCACAGACGUGGUUGAUGAUGACUCUUGUUGUGAUCUCUAAUUGAACUACAACUGUCCUGCUGUAUCAGUGGUGUCAGUGGUGCCCGGUUUGUGUAAUACUGGGCAUCUGGAUGUAGUUACGACUUUCCCCCAAAAACACCAAUAAAAGAUUGUUCAUUGUUCUCAUUCA